AUGGGCGUUGCAGAAAAAGUUUGGGGCGACUACCCUGUCUACUACAAACAGCCAAUCAGAUGGGUGCGCUAUCAUGCGCACACGAAGCCCCACUUCGUGUUCUCCAUUUUCUUCGGUGUAUCGGCUCCUUUGCUUUUGCUCAUGGCUCCGCUCAGAGAGAAGUACAUUUUCGCCAGCCACAAUCCAAUUCCUUUCGUGUACCCAUUGCCAACGAGAGAUAGGGAUGCCACGUUGACCGGUUUUGACGACCAGUAG